AUAAAUUCCCUCUUUGAUUACCCAAGGCCGUGGAAAAGCAUAAAAAUCCUAGGGUUUCUACAACCCCUAAAUUUCCCAAUCAAAUCUACGUCUUUCUCAAUUGUUAAUUUUUCUUCCAAAUAUGCCUCAAAGACACUCGAAAAAUAACAACGAUUUAGCAUUCUUCACGUAUGAUGAGAAGAAGAAACUCGGGUAUGGUACCCAGAAAGAAAGACUCGGCAAGGACUCGAUCAAACCAUUCGAUGCUUGCAGUCUGUGCUUGAAACCAGUUAUCGAUCCCUUGUCUUGCCAGAAAGGCCACGUCUUUUGCAAAGAAUGCAUUCUUGAAUGUCUUUUGGCCCAGAAGAAAGAUAUUCAAAGAAAGCUAGCAGCCCAUGCUGCUCAGCAUAAGCAGGAAAAGGAAGAGGAAGAAGAAAAGUUGAUGUUGCAGAAAGCCCGAGAUCUUGAUGCAUUUGAUCAACAGAACCAUGGGGCAGUGCCACAGUACAAUGAUAAGAACUUCAACAGGGACAAGAAUGGUUUCCAUGGGGCUAACAGUGUGAAGGCCACAUCAUAUGAAGAGGAAGCACUCCGAACAAUGAAAGCAUUUUGGUUGCCGUCUGCAACUCCAGAAGCUCCUGCAAAAGUUGAAGCCCCAUCAACGGACACAAUCUGUCCAGAGGGAAAGGAAAAACUCAGGAUGAAGACACUUUUCCCUAUCUACUUGACAGAAGAUACCUGCGAACAAAAGAAAUCGAGCUCUCUUGAUAAGAGCUACAUCUGUCCUAGCUGCAAGGUCACACUUACGAAUACACUCUCACUUGUAGCCUUGAGUUCGUGUGGUCAUGUUUUCUGCAAGAAAUGUGCGGAGAAAUUCAUGGCUGUUGAUAAGGUUUGCCUAGUCUGCAACAAGCCAUGCAAAGAAAGGAGUCUGGUCAAGUUGGAAAAGGGAGGAACUGGUUUUGCUGGCCAUGGAGAUCAUCUUGAAGCAACUGACUUUAAGCAUUUAGGAAGCGGUUCAGGGCUGGGGCUUGUAAGACCCGCGACGAAGACUUGAUUUCAAUUUCAAUAGCAUAUAUAUUACCUUUUAAUUCCCUUUUGACAUUGGUACUUUGAUCUGUACUUUUAUCAUGUUGUCAGACUCCUAAUUAUCCUAAUCGUGAUGUAGUGUAUGAAUGUAUCAUCUGUGAUUCUGUUGGAUUUUAUUUACGUUUGACACGGCGAACUGAAUAGCUGUGAAUGCUUUUUGUUUCUCGACUCCAUAAACCUCAUUUGUAAAUAUGCUGAGAAUUCAUCCA